AAAUGAAAUGGGGGUGCAAAGAAACAAAAAUAAAUGCGGACCAUUUCAAAGCGACCUCCUCGCAAUUCGGGGGGGGUCUUGGGUUGGGUCUGUCUCUCUCAUAGUUUGACCGAUGGCGAAGGCGAUGGUAGAGAGCAUUGUGGACGUAGGUGUAGGUGGUGGUGUUGUCCUCCUCCUUCUCCUCCUCCUUAUGCUGCUUCUCAUCAUCCUUCUCAUCCUCUUCGCCUGCAAGCCAUGGCGUUUCUUUCUCUCCUCCUCCUCUCGCACCCGCAUCACCAUCAUCAACCCCUCCUCCUCUCAGGUUGAUGACAUAGAGAGGCCUCUUGUCUCAGAGGAUUUGAAUCUUGUCCAAAAUCAAAGCAAUGAGUUUGGUGGAAAUUUUUCUCUUGAGGGGGUAUGUCAUUCAACUGAAGGCCAUUUCAGCUCACCCCAAACUCAUGGUGUUGGUUAUAGACAACGGAUUCCAUCUACAUCUUCCCAGUUAUCUCAAAGUGGUAGCUUUGUUUUAGAUGUAAUUCCUGACCCUUUGAAAGAUAUAUUCAUUGGUCAGACACUUAAGCAUCCCAAAAAACCUGUUGAAGAGGAGAGGUAUGCCAGGAAUGAUGACUUGAAAGUUUGUCCAGACAGUGGUAGCUUUAAUGAGUUUAUACCUGAAGGUAUUGCAGAUGAAAGAAGUAGCCUCACCUUGGAGAUUAUCUCGGGUCCUUCUCGUGGGCUUCGUUGUUCCAUACAAUCAACAGAUGCUUCAAGGCUUCCACUGAUACUUGGAAGGGUUGCUCCAAGUGAACUAUUACUGAAGGAUUCGGAGGUUUCAGGGAAGCAUGUGCUGAUAAACUGGAAUUUAAAUAAGUUAAAAUGGGAAGUGGUGGACAUGGGCAGCUUAAAUGGAACACUCUUAAAUUCACAGGCAAUCCACCAUCUGGAUUCUACAAGUAGACGUUGGGGCCUUUCCACUGAUCUUGCAAAUGGUGACAUAAUAACUCUUGGUACAAGCACAAAAAUAUUCGUUCAGAUUACAUCCCAAGCUGAGUGCUUGAUCCCUUUUGGAGUUGGUCUGGCAUCAGAUCCUAUGGCCGUUCGUCGAGGAGGAAAGAAGCUGCCCAUGGAGGAUGUGUAUUAUUACCGGUGGCCUCUUCCUGGGGCUGAUAAGUUUGGAAUAUUCGGUAUAUGUGAUGGACAUGGUGGAGCAGGUGCUGCCACCUCUGCAAGCAAGAUACUGCCUGAGGUGGUUGCUAGUAUCUUAUCAGAUUCAUUCCGAAGGGAGAAUGUUUUAUCACAAUGCGAUGCUUCAGAUGUCCUUAGGGAUGCAUUUUUGCAAACAGAAGCAAGCUUGAACCACUAUUAUGAGGGUUGUACUGCAACAGUGCUUCUGGUCUGGACUGACAGUCAUGAAAAUUUCUUUGCACAAUGUGCAAAUGUUGGAGACUCAUCUUGUGUUAUGAAUAUUGAUGGAAAGCAGAUUAAGAUGUCGGAAGACCACAGAAUAGCCAGUUAUUCUGAAAGACUCCGUAUGCAAGAAACAGGAGAACCAUUGAAAGAUGGGGAAACGCGCUUAUGCGGCUUAAACCUUGGUCGGAUGCUCGGAGACAAAUUUUUGAAACAGCAGGAUGCUCGCUUCAGUUCAGACCCUUAUAUUAGUCAAGUUGUGCACAUACAUCAAGCAAGCAGGGGCUUUGCACUUAUAGCAAGUGAUGGUUUUUGGGAUGUUGUUAACUCCAAGAAGGCAAAUCAGCUUGUCCAACAGGCAAGGGAGAGAUAUGCUGCAGAUAGAGAAAAUCCGGCAGAAAAAGUAGCUAGUUUUUUGUUGAGCGAGGCCAGAACACAACGUACAAAAGAUAACACGUCUAUUAUUUUCUUAGAUUUUGACAACAUAAAUAGAAACUCUUCUUGUAAACCAGAUUCUUAGAAUUAGCUUUUAUGUAAAAUAUUGUAAUUUUUAUAAUUUUAUUUAUUUUUUCUCUCUCUGAAAUAAGUCUCUCUCCUUGCGUUUCCUUUAAA